GGGCACCACUAGAAUUGACCGGAGCCGUGUGGUACUCUACCUCCCUAUAGAACACCGAAUGCAACAUCUCUCCAUUGUUGUCGCUGUCUGCAAGUUUCUGCCAGUACUACAGUUUAUUUUUUUCUCAUCCGAGUUUCAAGGGAGCUACUAGGAAAAAGAAGAGGGUGAUUCCACCUAAGAAAGGAUACCUCGGCGACCGGUUGCUGUGUGGAGUUUGCGCGCGAAGAUGGAGGGUUUUACCAAGUGCUGUCUGCUGGUGGUUCUGGCCGUGUGUUUCGGCAGUCUUUGCGUCAUGGGCGGUGACGAUCUGAUCGGGCAAGGCUAUAACGACGGAUUGUACACAGGAGAUUUCACCGACGAAGAGGAAGGAGCCGAAGCCUUCCAGAAUCUGAUUGGCGACCUCAUGAAUGACGUCGGCGCCGAAAAUAGCCUCCGGGACGCCAUGUUGGAAGACACGCUGGCGCAUGCGCAGUUCGGGGCCGAGACGAAGCGGACCAAUCGGUGCCGUCCCGGGAGGUGCGUCUUCAGAGGUCCCAAUCCCAACGCCGGCAGCCGGGUUCUACCAUUCGGGAAGAGGGAGGAGACACCAGCCAACACAUUAUCGCGGAGAGGACGCGGCCCAUCCAAGAACCGACCCAGAGGCAACCGGACCCUAUUGCCCUUCGGAAAGAGACGCUAACUUUCGUAAAAGGUUUAACUUGAAAUCGGGCAUUCCUCAGUGAAGCACAUUUCAGGUGAUUUUUGCAUUGAUUUUGAAGUUGUUAGCCCCUACUUUACAGUGGUCCAACUAUGAGUCCAAGAUGGCGGUCAUUUUCAGGUCCGAGUGAUACAAAUCCUUACGUUUGGCAGAUUUUUCAAUAUAAUUAUUGAUCAAUGACUCAAACAGCUAGUGAAAUGUGGUUCACUUCUAAUUCCUCCUAAUCGCAAAAAGCGUUUAUUUCUUCAUGUAAAUAAAAUAAAAAAUGAAUUCAAAUGAUUAAUUUUAAUACUGACAUAUACACUUAGGUUAUUUUCUUGCACUCUACGUAGAGAGGAAACAAUAGACUUUCCGUAAAAGAAAAACACUAGAUAAAUCAUUAGUAUCAGUUGUAACGUAGAUCAAAAACCACAAAGCUAGUUAGUUCAGAAUUUGCUUUUGUUUCAACCAUUCGCCAGGAAAAACAACUUACCUUGUGUUAAAUUAAGAACAUAAUACUGGAAAUAUCUUUGGACGAUUUCACAAUUCAAUCCAACCAAUGGAUAUAUUUUGUUCGUCAGCUUUUACUUUUUAUUGUAACUUGUUAUAAUCUUACUAAUAUUCGAUGGGCUCGUCUCUGCUUCUGUUUGUCUUUUCACCUCUUUUUCCAAAUUGUGAUUUCUUCUUUCUAUAUAGUUUGUGUUUUUGUAGUGAAUAGUAAGUUCACCAAAAUUGCACUAAUUUCUCGUAUUUAUAAAGACACUUAUAUGGAAAGGAAAUAACAUACUAAUCCAUGGCAGAUAUUAGGAAAAGCAGGUGCAAUUAAACAAAUUAAAACAGUCAGCAGGUUUACGUUCAUGUAUUUUAUCGUUUUUAAACAAAAUAGUCAGUUUUAGUUCUAGGCAUCAACUUAGUGAAUCCCUCUGUCUAUUGCAAUGUGUUCAAAUAUCGCCACAGUUAUCCAUAAUCCACUUUUAAAAACUAUUUAUUACACCUUUAUUAAUAACGUGCAGAAUGCGAACGCGGUGACUAUGUUUUGAGUAAAUUAAAUUGCCCUAGUCUAGAGCUCAGUUGAAGAAAAUUUGCCGAAAACGUGUUAUACUUUUAAUGGAUGACAAAUCGCCGGCUUUGUCCGAAUUCCGAUAUUAAUGCUUAAAGUAGUUGCAAAUUAGUUUAAAAAAAAACCAAAAACAGCAAUUGCCGGCCUCACAUCUCAGCAGAUUUUGUUGACCGUAAUUUAGUGAUAUCGAUCGUGCAUCAAUCAUUUUGCUCAGACAGAUGUGUAAUCUCUAUUGUAGCCUUAGGGCAAUGCAAGCAAGUGAGUAGAAAAUUAUCUGGUUCAUGAAGUUUGCUGUGAACAUGGGGAAAACAGAAACCCAACUUUGCAAAUUUACAAAACAUGCUUAAUUCAUAUCACGAUUACCCGGUUGGGCCUAUUGUAAGCUGUGUAAUGAUUCUCAUCGUGAAUUGGUUGCUGACUUUCAAUUCCUACAAUAACUCGCAUUGAAAAAGAAGGGGCGAAUGAACUGAUGCGAUCUAGCUAAAUGAGUCAUUUGUCGACCCCGGUGAAAUUUGUUUUAUUACAGAUUUGAAAGGAGCACAAUCUCAGCA